AUGCGCUUCUCUCUGCACGUGGCCGCCAUCAGCCUGGGGUCUGCAGCAUUCGCCGCCGCUCAGAACAACACCUUUGAGCCACCCGAUUUCAAUGUUACCGAAGCCCUCAUUAACCAGGGCGUCAACGUAUCGGCGUUGCCAGAGCUGGAUUCCUUGACCAAGAGAUCCUCUUUAUCUGCGUGCUCGAUUGCGUGUGAUACUCUCAGUAUUCUCUUCGGAUCAUCGAACGUGAUUGAGCAAGGCAAUCAAGCAUACAACUCCUUCACCAAUGCCUACUGGUCCGUUCAGCAAGAAAGUGUCGAUCCUUACUGCAUCUACAAGCCGACCAGUGCGGCCCAAGUGUCGAUAGCAAUCUUGCUCUCCCGACUCACUCAAUGUCCCUUUGCAGUCAAGUCUGGCGGGCAUGCCGCCUUCGCCGGCGCGUCCAACAUCCAGGGAGGUAUCACCAUCUCACUCGAGAAGAUCAACGAGAUCCAACUUUCCUCGAACCAGCAGACCGCCGAUGUUGGCCCUGGUAACACAUGGUACACCGUGUACACCACCCUUCAGCCUGCCGGUGUAACGCCGAUUGGCGGCCGUGUCUCAGCCAUUGGAGUGGGUGGUCUGACAACUGGCGGUGGUAUUUCUUUCUUCUCCAACAUCUACGGCUGGGCCUGUGACAAUGUCGUCAGCUACGAAGUUGUCACCGCGUCCGGUAUCAUCAUUACUGCCAGCGCCACCCAGAACCCGGAUCUGUACUUCGCCCUACGUGGCGGUGGCAACAACUUUGGCAUCGUGACCAAAUUCACAUUGAACGUCAUUCCUCUUCCUGGCGGUUUGAUGUGGGGUGGCGGCCGCGUGUCCACCGAAGACCAAUUCGACGCUCUCGUCGACGCCUUCUACAAUGUUGGUAUCAACUCACCCUCGGAUCCCAAUGCCGCACAGAUCCUUUCGUUCGCAUAUGCACAAUCUGCCAAUCUCAGCGUCGCCGCUGCCGACCUUCAAUACGCAAAACCCGUUGCCAAUGCACCCAUAUUCAGCGAAUACUUGGCCAUCCCAGCCAUUUCCGACACGACCAAGGUACGCACACAAGCGGAUCUGACUCAGGAAUUCAACGCGAGCAACCCCAACGGACUGCGCGAGACUUACUGGGCAGCCACAUACAAGCUCAAUAAGAACCACACCGCCGCGGUCCGAGAUAUCUUCUUCGAGGAACUUGAAUCGAUCAAGGAUGCCGCCGGCCUGGUGCCCGCCGCGACUCUGCAGGUCAUCAGCGAAGGACAACUGGCCGGCAUGACCAAGAACGGCGGAAACCCGCUGGGUCUCUCUGCCUCUGCGGGACCGUUCCUGCUGCUCAACAUGAACAUGAUGUGGAGCAACAUCGCCGACGACACGAGGAUCCUGCAGUGCAACCAGCGCAUCAUUGACCGGACUGUGGCCUUGGCCCAGUCGAUGGGGCUAUAUGAGGACUACAUCUACAUGAACUACGCCAGUCAGUUCCAGGACGUCAUUGCCAGCUACGGCUCGACCAACAAGGCCAAGCUGGAGAGCAUUGCCGCCAAGUACGACCCCACCGGCGUGUUCCAAACGCUCCAGCCAGGAUACUUUAAGCUGAAUGGACCGCCCAGCCCCAGUGGCCCGUAG